GAGGGGGAAAGGCAAAGUUGUUAGCAGUAAUGGCUAUACGUACACAUUCAAAAGAGAGACAGCUACAUCUACUCAAUGGAGGUGCGCAGUUAGAAACAAAAGUGUCAGCUGUGGUGCUACAGUGAUUCAAACUUCAAGCGGAUUUAAACAAGGCUUGCAGAGUCAUUCCCACGCAGCAAGUCAAAAUGCUGAGUUGAAAGCAAAGAUCAGCGCAGAACUACAAGAAAAGGCCCAACAACAGGUCUUUGAAGCAGCGUCUGUUCUUGUCGACCAGGUCAUGGUCGACAAUGCUGACCAAGCUGGGAUACCCGGCCAGGGAGCUCUAAUCAGAAGAGUCAACAGACUGAAGUCUAAGCUACGGCCCAGCGAACCAAAGGAUUUGGACUUUGAAUUGGCGAGAAGUCAUCUUCCGGAGGAAUUCCUGCUCAGGGACGUGAAGGUAUAUGCAGCAACAACAAUGAAGGGCAGGCACAUAUUGUUUGCGACAGACCACCAGCUGAAGCUCCUUGCAUCUGCAAGACGUUGGUACAUGGACGGCACAUUUAAAGUAGUCCAUGCACCAUUCAAGCAGCUUUUUUCGGUGCACGCAUUUGUCAGGUGCGGAGACAACAUCAAACAAGUUCCCCUGGCCUUCGCCCUCAUGACAAGUCGUUGCAGGACGGACUACAUGGCGGUCUUAACAGAGCUGAAAAAGGCACUGCCAAGAGAGAUCGAGUUGGAGGAGGGCGUUACUGAUUUUGAGGUAGGCCUAUGCCAGGCCUUUCAAGAAGUCUUCCAAGGCACAAGGAUGAAAGGGUGCGCCUUCCAUUGGUGCCAGGCCAUCUGGAGAAAGGUACAAGAGCUUGGCCUCCAGAGAGCGUACAACAACGACCACCGUGUGUACAGCUGGGUAAGGAGGCUCAUGGCGCUACCGUUUCUUCCACACAAGGCCAUUCAGCCGGCACUACGAGCACUGCAGAGCCGAGCGGCAGGAGCUCUGACUGACCUCGCAGACUACGUCCAGAAGACAUGGGUGGACAGCACCGUCUUCCCUCCACGUCGUUGGUCCGUGUACAUGCAAGCCAUCCGGACCAACAAUGACGUGGAGGGAUGGCACAGGCGCCUGAACUUAAAGGCAAGGAAGACGAACCUCCCUUUCUACCUGCUGGUAGACUUGUUGUUCCAAGAGAGCCAGGUCGUGAAGGCGCAGGUCAGGAUGAUAUACGAAGGGAGCCUACGCCAACACCGACGGUCACAGUACAGAAGCCUCCAGCAAAGGCUCUUUAAAGCAUGGCAGGAGUUCGACGUUGACAAACGCACGGCGAGGGAGUUACUGGCAGUAUGCUCCAGGCUGUAUGGGCCAACUAUUACCCAUGCAGCCAAGUCAGGCUGAUGAGGGGGCUUUCCCUGGGUACACAGAGUAGGUGAUGACAGGCAAACAGAUGUGAGUGCUUUGAUGUAUGUUGUAAGUAUUCUACUUAGUGAGUUUGCCCCUCUCUCAUGUACACAGAGUAGGUGAUGACAGGCAAACAGAUGUGAGUGCUUUGAUGUAUGUUGUAAGCAUUCUACUUAGUGAGUUUGCCCCUCUCUCAUGUACACAGAGUAGGUGAUGACAGGCAAACAGAUGUGAGUGCUUUGAUGUAUGUUGUAAGUAUUCUACUUAGUGAGUUUGCCCCUCUCUCAUGUACACAGAGUAGGUGAUGACAGGCAAACAGAUGUGAGUGCUUUGAUGUAUGUUGUAAGUAUUCUACUUAGUGAGUUUGCCCCUCUCUCAUGUACACAGAGUAGGUGAUGACAGGCAAACAGAUGUGAGUGCUUUGAUGUAUGUUGUAAGUAUUCUACUUAGUGAGUUUGCCCCUCUCUCAUGUACACAGAGUAGGUGAUGACAGGCAAACAGAUGUGAGUGCUUU